UUUACUCCUUCCUUUUACGCUCUUGCCGCCUCCUCCUGGGGAGAAGCUGAGGCACCCGCCGCCCAGAGCCGCGACAGGCCGGGCCAGGGAGAUCGUGAGAAAACUUUCUUCCAGGGGGUGCGGCACUGGGGCCCGGUGGGUGACCGGCUCGGAGCAAUGGAGCCAGCCUUCGGGGAGGUGAACCAACUGGGAGGAGUGUUCGUGAACGGAAGGCCGCUGCCCAACGCCAUCCGGCUUCGCAUCGUGGAGCUAGCCCAGCUGGGCAUCCGACCGUGUGACAUCAGCCGCCAGCUCCGCGUCUCGCACGGCUGCGUCAGCAAGAUCCUGGCGCGCUACAACGAAACGGGUUCGAUCUUGCCCGGAGCCAUCGGGGGCAGUAAGCCCCGGGUCACCACCCCCACCGUGGUCAAACACAUCCGGACCUACAAGCAGAGGGACCCCGGCAUCUUCGCCUGGGAGAUCCGGGACCGCCUGCUGGCCGACGGCGUGUGCGACAAAUACAACGUGCCCUCGGUGAGCUCCAUUAGCCGCAUCCUGCGCAACAAGAUCGGCAACUUGGCCCAGCAGAGCCAUUACGACUCCUACAAGCAGCACCAGCCGGCGCCGCAGCCCGCGCUGCCCUACAACCACAUCUACUCGUACCCCAGUCCCAUCACCGCGGCGGCCGCCAAGGUGCCCACGCCGCCGGGGGUGCCCGCCAUCCCGGGCUCUGUGGCCAUGCCUCGCACCUGGCCCUCCUCGCACUCGGUCACCGACAUCCUGGGCAUCCGCUCCAUCACCGACCAAGGAGUGAGCGACAGCUCCCCCUACCACAGUCCCAAGGUGGAGGAGUGGAGCACCCUGGGCCGCAACAACUUCCCCGCCAGCGCCCAGCACGCAGUGAACGGGCUGGAAAAGGGAGCCUUGGAGCAGGAAGCCAAGUACGGCCAGGCACCAAAUGGUCUCCCAGCUGUGAGCAGUUUUGUGUCAGCAUCCAGCAUGGCUCCUUACCCUACCCCAGCCCAAGUGUCACCUUACAUGACCUACAGUGCUGCUCCUUCCGGUUAUGUUGCUGGACAUGGGUGGCAACAUGCCAGCGGCACCCCUCUGUCCCCGCACAACUGUGACAUUCCCGCAUCGCUGGCUUUCAAGGGAAUGCAGGCAGGCAGAGAAGGUAGUCAUUCUGUCACUGCUUCUGCACUCUGAUGGGAACUUCGGCCUCCAACAGCUUCACUCCAGUCUCCCUCUCAGCACAUCCUCCCUUUCCACCCCCUUCCACCCUCCCACCCUCCUGCCUCCAGAGCUGGCUUUAUGGACUCACAUCCUUUGUGCUGAUGACACUUCUUGCCAUAACUUCUUUUCGUGUAGGAAACCAAACAUAACUUUAGGAUUUAAAAACAAAAUCAACAUUAAGGGUGGAAUGAGACAUUUCUGUUGCCCACACACCGUUGUAACGUAGUGAAGAAAUCUACACCCCUUAAAGGGCUUAUGGAACUUAAAAAAAAAACCAAACUAGUAUUUGGUAAAACCACACGUGGAUAUUUAUUCUAAAUCACCCUGAACUUUUGAAAUGUGCAAUUGUUGAGAUUUUGUAAAAUCAAUAAAGAAAAACGCAUAGAAAAAAAAUGUUACGCUAUUAUACCCUCUAAUCAAAUAAGGUAAGCAAGUAAGCCUUAAUUCAUCAUUAGGAAAACCAAUCAAUAAUUUACUUAUUUGAGUGAUCUUUUGUUUGUUUUUCAGAGAUGAGCUAUUA